CCCCGGCCGCCGGGCACGGAGAGCGAGCGGCUCAGGUCGUGGUAGCAAAGCGCUCAGCGACCGCGACGGUGGAGCCCCCGGGCACUCAGAAUGGUCCAGCGUUUGACAUACCGCCGUAGGCUUUCCUACAACACAGCCUCUAACAAAACUAGGCUGUCUCGAACCCCUGGCAACAGGAUUGUUUACCUUUAUACCAAGAAGGUUGGAAAAGCACCUAAAUCCGCAUGCGGUGUGUGCCCAGGCAGGCUUCGAGGGGUUCGUGCUGUGAGACCGAAAGUCCUUAUGAGAUUGUCUAAGACAAAGAAGCAUGUCAGCAGGGCCUACGGUGGGUCCAUGUGUGCUAAGUGUGUCCGGGACAGGAUCAAGCGGGCUUUCCUUAUUGAGGAGCAGAAAAUUGUUGUGAAGGUGUUGAAGGCACAAGCACAGAGUCAGAAAGCGAAAUAAAUACGCAGCUUUUUUCAAUAAUAAAGGUCAAGGCUUGGUCUGUG